ACCCAGACAUUCUAACACAAAACUGUAUUACGCCGAUACAAAACGAGUGAAGAUGGCGACACUGUGGCUUGUAUUAACCGUUACACUUCUCUAUGUGGGUCGCUCUGCAGCAAUGAGCGUGGGAUCUAGCCCUGGGCCGAAAGGUCAUUGCCUGUACAGGGGUGAGAUGUUCCGGCAAGGCGAGACUUGGAACAUUGACUGCGACUACAACUGCCGAUGCGUGGACGACUACUACGGACAUUUCAUCUGCUCUUCAGAAUGCCAAGCUAUAGAGUUAGCUCCCCCUGGGUGUCGCUUCAAGAAAGUGUCGGGCCAAUGCUGUGACGUAAUCAUCUGUGACGUCAGAUCCUGAUUGCUGCGUCAGUUAUCAACUAUUAAGGACGUCAUACGAACAGACAAAUAAAUAGUAUUUUCUGAAA